AUGACUACACAGUCCUUAAAGAGUGGUCCCGGGAUUUCCCUAGCACGGCAGAGUGAAGAGAGAGACUGGGUUACUUUAGGAUUAAGCCGAAAUGUUGACAGCCGCAGCGGUUUAGCAGCCGGGAUGUCCCAAACCAAGCUGCUGUUCAAUGAAGCCAUCCCUGCAAGUGCUAAAAACCGCACCACCUGGGUUGGCCCGCCUGCCCCCAUUGUCAUAGAGCGACUGCUGCCAGUGUCAGAGGUUCAGGAAACUGUGGACAGCACCAGAAGCUCUUUCAGCUUCACUACACUCUCAGAGGAGAGGCUUCAGGCUGCUGUUAAGUUGGCCAAGCGAGAUCUAAGACGAAGGCGCCUUGAGUCACUGACAAAAUCCUCUGCCAAACCUUCUCAGGAGGCCCCACUCUUUGAAACUAGUGAUGUAGAACUCCUUCAGGACCUUGCAGUCACUCCAAGCAAGAUUAAGUCAAAAGCAUCCAGUCCAAAAGAGAAGGUGACCCAAGCUGGAGCCAAACAGCAUACGUUCCAAAAACAUCCCCUUUCUUCCAUGCCUCGAAUGAGCCAGUCACCCCCAACCAGAGACCCUGGCCAUAGGCAGGUGGAAGGAGGCAAAGAGGCACCCUUAAACCACGAGAUACACAAGCUGCAAAAUGAGCUGGAAGUGUAUAUUCAGAAAGUGGAGGAGCUGGCUAAUAGAGAGGAGAAAAUAGAAGAGCCGUUAGAACCUGAAGAGCAAAACAAGUUGGAGAUACGCAGACAGAAGCAGGCAGCUCGCUCAGCUCGAAUUAUUUAUGUUCUGCAACAACAGGUAAAAGAGAUACAAGUAGAUAUAGAAAAGCUACGAAACCAGAACACGUGGGACACUAAAAAGUCCAUGGCGAUAAACAGGCUUGCAGCUGCACAUCGUGGGGCGCUCAGGGCCUUACAGGUUUUUAUCCACCAACUCUCAGAUCUGUCUCACAAUAAAGUGCCCCCGUAUUCCAAAGAACUGGGUCAGCUGAUUCGCCAGCUCUCUUUGUGCUCAGCUAAGGUUGAAGUGCACCAGGGCUCAGCUGUGCCUGAGACGGCCCUCAACAUCCUGCAGAAACUAGAGACUUUGGAUUCUGCGCUCAGUAAACAAGAGAUGCUCAAAAAGGUGCAGGCUCAAGCAUGCCCUCAACAAAGGAAGUCUCCUCAUCGCAGCAUGUCACCUGCACCCAGGGGUCCCAAAUUGCAAGGAACUGUUCGAGUUCCUUACAAACCCAAGAAUCCCAGAAGGGGCUUGUGUGCAGAUAAGAGAGUGGCCUCAGAGAAACCCAGAACAACUCAAUGGCCCAUCAACAGAAGAGAGGUGCUGAGGACUGGCCUGGAGAGCCUCGGCCAGCAGAGGGAGCUGCAAGAGCUGCAGAGACGAUUUCAGACAAACACUAACACCAGAAAAAGGCUGCCCUCUGAAAGAAAAAAGGCUGAAACAAUGAAGCAUAAUCAGAUGCAAGAUGCAGGCUUCCAGCAGCCCACAGUCUCCUCUCGGCUCAGAGUGAACCAGCUCCCUCAAAAAGAGAACUCUGUGCCCUGGAUACCUACAUCCCCUCACUCUCCUCCUCCACAGCGAUCUCCUCAGAGGGGAAGGCCAGAGCCUCGUUGUCUCUUCUCUCCAGUGAAGCUCUCAUCGAUCUCCGCAAACCCACCGAACCCUCCGAAGCAGAGGGUGGGAGGUGGUUUCGACACUGAAUUAGGCCUGAGCUCACAAAAGAAGGAAGAAGCUCAGAAUGAAGCAUUAAGGAAGGCUUGGCUGGAUAAGAUGACAGCGCAGAGACUGAAAGAGCUCAACCAGCUGAGUAAAGAAGAGACCGAACGCAUUCAGAGAUUAAGGUCUGAAGUUGUCUCGCCAACUCAGUGGGCUGAGCGAGCUGAGCAGAAGGCCAGAGAGAGAAUUCAGCCCCUUCUGGAUGAAGCUGAGCAAAUUGUUGAGUCCAGGAACAGAAUUAACUCGCCACUGAGGAGUCGAGUGCCUGAACAGGCUGCAGAGGAGGCAGAAGAAAAUGCUGAGCAGCGGAGUGAAGAGCUGCUGGACGAUUUGCAGGCCCCCACCCUGGAGAGAAUGCUGCUUCGUAUGGAGGAGAUACAGCGGGACCAGGAGGAAGUGAGGAGACGGUUUGCUUCUAUCACCUACUCAGAUCCUCUGUGCUGGGAACGACCAGGAGGAUCCCAGUCCCAUGCCCUCGGCUCCAGGCCAGCCUCUCCUCAGCCAAUUAGGCUCACAAGGCCAGUGUUGAAACAGACCUCUGCAGUGGAUAUUGUCCUUGAGAAACCUGUGGAGACUGGCAAUACACAUUUAGUACUUUUUCCACAUGACGUGUCUGCCCUGUAAUCACUGUUCCACUGGGAGGCCUUACUCAUCCUACAAAACUCACUUGGUGGCUACAGUACCCAAGGCCGACUCUAUUCCUGACUCUGGCAGCAGACUCCGCAGGGAGACCCUCCACUGCCCAGAGCUUUAGCUGCAGCUGCUAUAACUGCUUAAAUUAACGAGGAACUUGGAAGGAAGAGAAAAGAGACUGCAAGACUAGAAGCUGUUGACACAGGCAAGCCAGCAGGAUACUUAUUCAAGCUGUGGCCAUUAGCAAAUUAAAGUCAGUCAGUCUUCAAGUGCUGCAGGUUCACUUCACUCAGUGGAAACUUUGCCCUAAGAUCCACUUUGCCCGUGACUCAUGUUUGACUCCUCCUAAUGCAUCUAUCAAGUAAUAACUCAAUUCUUUGGCAAACAUAGGUGCUUUUUUUUUUUUUUUUUUUUUGAAGAGGUGCCUUUUUUCAUUAGCUGUUAAUUUUCAGAGGCAUCAAGCCUUCCAGCUUCUUAACAGGGAGGGACAACUGCUCACUCAUUUGGUCUGAAACUCCUUGAAUCGCUGUGGCUCAGUACAGACCUGCCUCCAGCACUUUUAUCCUCAGUCUAGAUUACAGUUCCUCUGGAAAGUGUUGGCACCCCACUGGACCUUUUUGUGUUUUAUUUAGGUUGGUACAUUAAAUCACAGUGGAUGUGACUGUUGUUGGUUUUUUCCUGACAUGGAUCAAUAGAAAAACACUUUGAUUUGAAAGCAAGUGCUAAUCUGAGGAAACAAGCCGACCAGAGUGCUUAUGAAUAUUAGAACACACAAAGGCGAUUGUGUAUUUAUCAGAGAUAAAUAGAAAUUCAGUUGUGCAGUAUAUAGACAAAGGGGAAUGAUUAUAUACUCUUUAUGUGCAGUUGUGUACUACUGUAAACCAGUUUGUGUUAAAUUAGAAUUAAAAUAUGUCAUUGAAUUAUUAAUAAGCCCAGUGGUUCAGCUUUUUUGCAAGACAUAGUUUGUCUAUAUUUGGUUGUUGGUUAAUGUUUUAAUGAAAACACUUGAAAUUUCUUGGCCAUGUUUAGAGAAAAAUGCAGCUGUUUCUGUUGGUGCACCGAUCGAUUAAGCCUCUUAGUAAUCGGUGAGAUUGAAAGAGAAAUUCCGCAGCACGGAGGGUGGGUAGCUUUGCUGUCUGCUGACUCACACAUGCCAUCACACAAUCUUUUUUUUUUUUUUCCCAAAAUUAGACACUUCUGAACUUGUCUGGUAGAAUAAGGAUUCUGUAAGACAUGACUGAUGGUGGUCGUGAUUCUGGAUCUUGCAUGCAUGCGUGGUAUUUUUAGGCUCUGAGGGUGCUUGUUGUGCAGUAAUUGUACUCAUUUGCAUAUGAAAAGUAUUCUAUAUAUUGUCCCUAUUCUGUGCUCUAAAUGAAGACUCAGCCCAUGCAGCAGUCACUCAGUCACUGCUGCAUGAUUUAGUAAAAGUAAAGUAUUAAUUCUUGUGUUUCUUUCAAAUUAAAACAAUCAUAUAUUUGAGUGUUAAAAAGCGAAAGAAUUCGUUCAUGAAGGCUGCACAUGGUGUGGUUUGUGAAUCCUGAGAUACUCUAACAGAUAUGUUUGUUUUUCCCUAAAUCUCUGCAAAAAGUGCAAGCAGGAAGUUGUUGUCUAUCUACAACAGCUCUUUUUCCCUCAGUGCUUUGUCCCCCGUAGAAGUAAUAAAGGUGGAAGUAGGGAGUCGUUUGGUGUGAGAUGGAGAGAGAAAUUGUGUUUAUUAGGCACAUUGUUUUAUAGAGUUGUCUUUGGAGGGCAGAAAGUUGCUUCGUAAAUUGAACUGAACUGUGAGGGUGGUGCGUUGGCUACAUGUGCUGAAGGAUAAAUGGACCCAGGUGCCACAUAAUACAACACAUACCAGCAUAGGAAAAGUUUUUAUUACAGCAUCCGUUCUACUGCAGAAGCAAAACACGGAGGAUGCGCUGCGAGUUAAAAACAGCCUAACCUUAAGUUGUUGCAGUUUGUGCGCUAAAUUUAGCUCUCUUCGAAUUAUAAUGUUAGGGCAUGUCAGAUUGUGUGUGCAGCAGCAUGACUAUCAUAACUAUAACAGCUAAAUCAUUCACCUCGCUAAAUGAAAUGAUCAAAUCUUGAGAUGCCACAGAGCAACAAGUCAACCCACUGGUUGCUCUCUAGGGAGCAUAAUUUUCCAGAGAUCGAGGAAAGUUAUUUUGAUAAGCAGCUUUCCACGGCGGCAGAUAUUCUACAGCUCUCUUUCCUGAUGCUUAUGCAGCCUUCAGAUCAAAACCUGUGGUUAAAAAAUGCGGUUUGUUUUUUUUUGUACUGAUGUGGGAUUGUGUUAAUCCUCUGUCUGUGUUGACCGUCCUGGUGUGUGGUGUAGCAGAAUGACAAGGUUUAAUUUGGGAACAGGAAAAUGUGCAAAGAGCUCAUCAUGUGUGUUGUCUCAGCCCUGAGUAGUUCUUUACAGCCAGCAUUUUUCAGUCCAGAGAGACGCAUCGGGCGACACGCACGUCAUUUCGUGCCUCACACACAUAUUUAUACACACACCACAGGGGGGGGG